AUGGACAUCACCAAGUUGGUCGUCUCCGGCCGGGACGCGGCGCUGCUUUACGGAGACUACGCAACAUACCAGAACCAGUUGGCCAAGAAGCUUCUCAACAGUCGCAAGAAAUUAGGCAUCGCCACGAGAAACCGCGGCAAGUUCAGCAAGAAGGGCGAGAUCACUGCUGCGCAGAUUGCGGAGAACCAUGAGUACAUCCAUCUGUUGCUGCUCACGAGCGAGCGCGCCUGGGCCAAUGCCAUGGCAAUCAAGUCGUCGCACGCCUCAGAUGUAAAGGGCGUAACUGGCAAGACCAGGUCACACAUCGUAUCUCGACUCGAAAAGGCCGCAAAGACUGCCGAACAACUCGUCGAACUCCUCUCGCAGUCGGAGGCUGGUGCCACACAGAACGACAAGCUCGAGUCCCGCGCUUACGCAGCCCAGAUCCGUGGUGCUGCCCAGUUCGAGAACCAGCACUGGGAGCCUUCUCUGAGGAGCUAUGCCGUUUCACGUAUCAUCUACAACGCCAUGGCCACCUCCACCAAGGGCGACAUCUUCAAGGACCUCCUUUCCGAUACCAUUGACCCUUCGAUCCGCUAUGCCGCCUAUCAGCUCAAGACACCGCGUACGAUACCCAUUCCUGCGAUUGCCAGACGCGCAUUUCCUCAGUCCGACACUGCACUGGUGCAGCAGAUCAACGAGCUCGACCCCAAUCUGUUGAAGCAGGCGCAGGCAGAGGCCACCAAGGAGGGCGAGGGUGCUGAGAAUGCCCCCAGGACCCUCACGUGGCGCUCGCGUGAGGUCAAGAUCGAAGAUGCUGCCAUCUCCUUGGCUUGGGGCAGAGUGGAAGAGGCAAAGGCGAAACUGUCUGACCGAUGGCCGUCUCUUAUCAAUGCCGAGCCCAGGGACGUGGCUGCCUCGUAUGAUGAGAUUCUCGAGGCGACACAGGAUGCCGCCGACGCCACUAAGGAAGCCAUUGACGAGUUGCGGGGUGAGGGUGUUUCCCAGAGCGAUUCCCGCAUGCAGAGCUUGCAGGUCACUCGAACUGCCGUCAACUACGAGAUGAUCAGCUGGCGUAUCGGCCGAAACCGCGUGUUGACGGGCAGCGACGACGGCCUGGCCGAGAACUACAGUUCAUCGCGCAAGAAGUCCAAGAAGGGGGAGACCGCAAAGAAAUCCAAGGAAGAGACACCUGGCCGCAAAGCAGCCAAACUGAAGGAGCUAGUCGCCCUUUAUGAAGGAACCCUGCAAAGUCUUGAGGCUGCGCGGGAAUUGCCUGGCGUGGCCAACGACGAGGACCUUGCCGAGCAGCUUGAGUCGACCGCAGAGUACUUCCAGGCCCUGAAGUCUCUCUCCAUCGCCCGCUCCCAUGCCAUCAUUGGCAACACGGUCAACGCCUUGGCUCUCAUCAAGCACGCCACCAGCGAAGCCCAAGAGGCGGCCUCGACCCUCGGCGAUGGCCCUCAACCCGAAGUCAACUCUCCCCGUAGCAUCGAAGUCUCUAGCAAGGACGCCAAAUCCUUGUCGAACUUCCUCCAGGGCGAGCUUCAGCGUUACCGCGCACUCGUCCACCUGUCGAAUCUGCUGAAGGAGUCGGACUCGAGCGAAGAUGACAUCAAGAACAUUCCUCUGAUCGAGCGACUGCGCGAGUAUCCCUCGGGAGGCAUCGACCUCGCGAACCUCGUCAACAUUCCACCCAAGCUGUCCACCAUUCCUGUCAAGCCGAUUUUCCUUGAUGUUGCCUGGAACUACAUCGACUACCCCGGCAAGGAGCCGCAGGGAGUCGAGCCGCCCAGCAAGCACCAGCAGGCUACCGAGAGCGAGGCCAAGCCGCCGCAACCGCAGAAGAAGGGAUGGUUUGGUUUUGGUAGAUAA